AUGCAAAUGAUGCGGAAGCUUGCACCUACUGGAAUUGCUGCCGCUGAAAUAGAUGGCAUGACAAUACAUUCAUUUUUAGGUGAACAUCGUAAUUCAGGAAAGCCACGCACCAUCAAACCAGGUGAUUCAAAACUCGAAAAAGAGUGGAGACUCGUUGAAUAUCUCUUAAUUGAUGAGAUGAGUAUGGUUGGCUUAACUUUACUUGCAAAACUCAAUCGAAUUAUUUCCACUGCCAAACAUGUCGAUCCUCAAAUUCCAUUCGGUGGUGUGAAUGUUAUCUUUUUCGGUGACUAUUUACAAUAUCGACCUAUAUAUGAUGCACCGUUGCACACCGAUUUUUCAUUGCCGUCUAAAAAGAAAUCAGAUAAAUUACCUACUGAAAAAGAAAUUCAACAACGUGUUGCACGUUCCUUAAUUCUUCAAAUUAACUGUGUGGUGAAACUUACUCAACAGAUGCGAACAGAAGAUAUACGAUACCUUCAAUUGCUCGAACGACUUCGUCAAGGACAAUGUAAUUACGACGACUAUGAAUUAUUACUAACACGCGUCGUUGGACAACCAUCCGUGAGUUCUCUUCGUGAAUCGCCCUGGAACAAAGCUCCGAUUCUUGUGUUUCGAAAUGAAGUGCGAACACAAAUAAAUCACAAAGCAGCAAUUCAAAAUGCAGCACAAUUGAAUUGUGCACCGAUAGUGUGCGUUGCUCAAGAUACUUGCAAAGGCAAACCAAUUGAAGAUCCUAUACUUAUUAAAAAACUAUUAGAAUUAUCUGACAGCAAGACAGAGCAUUUAUCCGGUUUGUUACCACUUGUUCCUGGAAUGCCUGUUAUUUUAACACAAAAUAUUGCUAUUGAACUGGGGCUUAUUAACGGCAUGAAUGGAAUCUUUCGACAAUUAGUCUACCAGGCUGAUUCUGUAUCAACAAAUGCUCUGUCAAACAUAUUUCCGAACAACACACAGUACGUGCAUCGGCCUUUAUAUGCAUUAAUUGAAAUUAUCAGAUCGAAAAUUGAGUGUAAUCUUGAAAAACUUCAACCAAAACUCGUCCCAAUACCAAUAAUGGAACAAACAUUUCGUGUCGACAUUUCUGAUAUUCUUCCAAAAGACAAAAAGCCAAAACCGAAUCAGAAAGCAAUGUUGUCAAUUAAACGUCGUACACUGCCACUUGUGCCUGCUUAUUCUAUUACGACACAUAAGAGUCAAGGUCAAACUUUGAGUAAAGUCGUAAUUGAUCUGAAACUUCCAAAUGACACCGAUGACAUUGCUGCAGUGUACGUACCCUUAUCACGCGUCAAACGUUUGACUGAUUUGAUUAUAUUACGGCAUUUCGAUUACAAGGUUCUGCUAAUGAAGCCAAGUAAAUCUCAAGUCGCCGAAAUGGAAAGGCUCGAUAGACUAUAUAUUGAUACUCAAAUUCGAUUUUCUGAAUGGUUCUAA